UGCACCCCCCCCACAUCCCCGCCCCUGCACACUCAACACUAAAACCCGUGCGGCGCAGCGAGCGUGGUUCAUGGAACGCGCCCGAGUGAGCGCGGCGCGACACGGGGUAUCCCAUGCGCUCGGGCAGCCCGAGUCACGAUGGACGGUCCGGCGAUGCGCUGCAAGGUCGUGGUGAUAGGAGACAGCCAAUGCGGCAAGACGGCCCUCUUGCACGUCUUCGCCAAGGACUGCUUUCCAGAGGGCUACAUCCCGACGGUGUUUGAGAACUACACGGCCAGCUUCGAAAUCGAGAAGCAGCGGAUCGAGCUCAACAUGUGGGACACGUCUGGGUCGCCGUACUACGACAACGUCCGGCCACUCGCCUACUCGGACUCUGACGUGGUCCUCAUCUGCUUCGACGUCGGUCGCCCCGAGACACUGGACAGCACCCUCAAGAAAUGGCAGGCGGAGUCGCAGGAGUUCUCCUCCAGCAAGGUGCUGCUCAUCGGCUGCAAGGCCGACCUGCGCGUCGACCUGGCCACGCUACUCGAGCUCUCCAAGCAGCGCCGCAUCCCCGUCACGCAGGAGCAGGGGGCGGUGGCGGCGCGCCAGCUCGGCGCGGCGGCCUACGUGGAGUGCUCGGCGAAGCUCUCGGAGAACAGCGUGCGCGACGUCUUCCACAUGGCCACGCUGGCCGCGCUCGGCCGCCUGCCGCGGCACCUACUCAAACGCGGCCGCUCCCGGCUCGAGGCGUCCACCGCCGCCGCCGCCGUCGCCGCGGCGUCCCAGACGCCGCGCGAGACUCCCAUGCCGCAGCAGCGCGUGGCGCGCAAGGAGCGCGCCAAGAGCUGCGUGCUCAUGUGAAGGAGCGCCGGAAGGCCCCCGCGGGAUCGGCGGAUCCGCGCGCCGGAGACUCGCGGGAUGCACCGCAAAAGAUGUCGUGAAAGAACCUUCCUUCCUCGCGUGGGUCGCUGUUUGAUGGAUUGAGGGUUCUCGGAACCCACCAGCCUGCCCUCCCCCCCGCCCGCACCGUGAGGUUCAAUCGCUUCACUGUAAGUGCCGUUGGUGGGGGGGGGGGGGCGUUAAGAGCCAGAUGUUGCCGAUGAAGGUUCACGGAUAACUAAACGCGUUGUGGUAAUGUGAACGAAAAUAUCUUUUAUUAUUGCCGAGGUAUCCGUGUCUCUGUCUGCGUGUGUGCGGACCCGCGAUCUGACGAGAGGGCGCGAGUUCCAUCGCACGGGCGCUCCUGGCGAAGGAGGUUGCCCCCUGCCCCCCGCUGACCCGCCCGCGCGACGUUUAGCGGGCGAAGUUUUUGCAGCGGCGGUCCUUGCGGGCAAACUCAAAGCUCGAGAUGUGAAGAUGGAGCUGCCGUUGCGCGGCAAUCUCGUGCCAACACAAAGAAGAGUUACGUGCAAUACAGACGCUUGGUGUGCCGUGGCUACAAUCACCGCUCCAUUUAAAAAAAAAAUCUUAGAUCGACCGGCCGUUCCAAAGGUAUAGUUUUCUGAGACGAUGAAUCCACCUCAAAUCUCUCCGUCGUGUUAAAUGUGCUGCAAAUUUUGAAUGUGUUUCUUUUUUAACAGCUUCUUGCUGCUGAUGCUGCUGCUGCUGAAACAUAACUUCUAGUUAGCAUUGUUGUUUGUGUGCGUGUGUGUGUGUGCUCGUGCGCGUGAUAUUUAUAUGACGAUAGCGUUAUCGUGACCGUGCAGUGAUGCGACAUGUAAAUCGGUCAGCCUUGGCAAGACAGCGUCGUUGUCACCAUCUUUUCUCUCGGUAAAUUACACUUCAACAAGGAAACCGCGAGCGUGUCAUCUCGCGAGUUAAUGAUGCUUUUCACGCGGUCUUUCGGACGACGCGCGCAUUUAAAACGUACAUGUGUCCUUGAGUGUUGGCAUACUCCUUUCCGCGUUAGAUGCUCACAGCGCAUUUCCAUGACCACUGGGAAGUGGGACGGCUCGGUUUGAAAACCAGGCUUGCGUUUUCCAGGGCAAUCCGACCAAUACCGCUUUUUCCACUGGCACAUUCGAUCCAGCCACGUGGGAGGUUUUCCAUCGGCUGCAGGAACUAAAUUAAACUAUUGUUUUUUUUAUUUUACCAGGUAAGGCCCGCUGAGCUACAGAGCUUUUUUUCAGAAGCGACCUGGCCACAAAUGAUAGCUCAACAAAGUGGCUCAUCAUCGUGUGGAAAGGUCGGGGUCAGCAGGGGGUGGGUAGUGGGGGAGGGCAGUUACUGUGCUAAGUGCUCGGUCCGUGCCAGCUUCGUGUCUCAUCAAGUGACGGUGUGUGGGACACGGAUCCCAGCGCGAUCCAGGGUCGUCCCUGCACCGGUUGGUCAUGGAAAGGUGGCGUCGGUAAUUAUGUGGUGUGUCGGUUCUCGUGUCGUCUUCAUCUGAUAUUUGGCGAGAAUCGGAUGAAGCAAAAUUACACUCAAAUAAAAAAAAAAACGCCUCAAUUGAAGUCCA